AUCGGGUGGCCGGAAACUCGAAGCAAGCGAGACUGUCCCCCUCCUCAGCGAUCGUGCAGCCACACCCGCUGAGCCCCGAUGGACAAACGGGUUGCUCAGGGAGCGAACGAGGGUCGAAUGUGACUGAUCGGCGAGCAAGAGGAAAGCCGUCCUUGGCCAUUAGCCGCAGCGAGCCGACCCCAGAUCAAGGCGCACACCACCAGAAACCACCACCAUCUGCAAGCCUUUCUCAUCCUCGCACGAAUGUCGAUUGUCGAAUCGACGAUGUCAGUUCAAACAACCGAGAGGCUCUCAGCUGCCAGCAGCGUACACUCGCAUGGCACUAGAUCGCUCUCAUCCAUGCUCGAACUUGCAGACCCAGCCGGCGGAAGCGAGAAUCGCGAACGAACUGCGUCGCCCGACACCUGCUUCGACGUCCCGAUCGUCGAAGAGAGCGUUGGUCUGCUGAUCGAAAUCGAAGACUGCGAGCUAGUAGCUCCUAUUGCAGCUGCUCCGAGGUCCCGAAUAUCGUUUCUGGAUCAGGGCCGUGCCCGGAGCGACCGGAUCGAGCUCCUCGACUUCCCACCGCCGCCUCAGACACGGCUAUCGCAAAUCUCAAGCAAAUAUCGCAAGAUUCCGUUGCGGAUGACUUCUCUGGGACCGAUGGAGCCGGUGCCAAGUCCGUCCGAGCCAACUCGCUUGAGCAUCCAUGACGACGGCUGCGACAUGAACGAGGCCGUCGCCGCCACGCCGAGGAUCGAGUCGGUUUGCACCGGACUCGGGAUGAUUGAUCUUGCUGCGCUCGCAUUGUGCAUUGCCAAGCCGCUGACCGAGUGGGAUGCCAUGAACUGGCUCGAAGGCGCUGUGCUGCUGGCCGAAACAGCAGCAGCUAUGAACAUCAUGUCGACUCAGGCGAGGACGCCCGGGCUCCUUCUUGCGGCAUGCAUCCUUCUGUCGCUCACGUCAGGUAACGAAGAGCACGGGUCGAUUGCGAGCAUAUCCCACCCUCCUUCGAUUGCAAGCAUACUCCGCCCUCCCUCGAUUGCAAGCAUUCAACCUCCUCCGAUACGAGCUGAUGUGCUUACAAGGACAAGCGUCUGCUGGAACCUUUCCCUGGCUGAGCUCCGUUGUUUGCAUGACAGCCUUCCAUCUCGCAUUCACGCUCUACGCCGUCGAGGCUGUCGCGCAGCAGAUCCGCCGGUGGCAGCUCGGACACAGCCCGCUGCUCGAGAGCGAGAUCGUCCUGCUUCUUGUCAUCGUGAUGAUCCGGGCUCACUUUCUCGCUUUGGCGUGGGCUUGCUGGAGCAGCCAGGUGAGCCCUGUCCGGCUGCGCUGUCUCUGCUGGCACCCCUCUGUCCCAAAACGUCGCCUUGGCACUCAUCCCAUCUGGCCUGCUUGCAACCCGAAUCGCUACCGGGCCGACAAAAUCGCACCAGAGCGCAGAGGCCUCGCCAGGGGCUGCGCUCUCUUUGCCCCGUCUGUGCUGGCGGCGUUGGCGAAUGCCGGUUCCCCCCAUGCGCCAGCCAUGACCCGCUGGUGCCAUCGCCAAGACGAAUCGCCCUCAUGGUCCCGCGUCAUGCCACCUCAUCAUGCGGUGCAGAGUGGGGGCGGUGACCCCACAAUCAGGCCGAGUGACUCUGUGACGCUGCUUGCGAGUGCUGCUGGUGAUGUUGGUGAUGUUGGAUUCAAUAGAGCCCACACAAACAACGGC